CAUCUACAGCGAACUCGUCAGUUUGCGUCCUAGUUUCGCGUAAGAAACAUCCCACGAGUCGUUUUAACUUACACGUUUUAGUGUAGAUUCAUUGUGAUAUUUUAAAAAUGGAUACGACAGACAAAAAAGACAGGAAGGCCAAUCCUGCUGAAAGGGCCAAUGUGCUUUCUUUACUUACGUUCCUGUACAUGUUUCCAAUAUUCAAGCGGAGUUUCAAAGACGGGGUGAAAGAGGAAGACCUGUUUAGGCCUUUAGACGAACACAACUCGCGCAUUUUGGGGGAAAAACUCGAGAAGGUGUGGCGGGAGCAGCACAGGAAACACAAAAAGUCGGCGCUGCAUCGGGCUUUAUUUAAGCUUUUCGGUCCCCAGUUCAUCAUUCUGGGGAUUUUGAAAGCCGUUGACGAAGUUAUGUUGGUGGUAUUAAUUCCCCUAUCGAUCGGCCGCUUGGUCUCUUACUUUGGGGGCGGUCGGGACGACAUAUCCGAAACUGAGGCCUACUUGCAAGCCCUGGCGAUAGUCUUGUGCCUUCUACUGGACGCCUUUAUAAGCCACCCAUCCAUGAUGGGUUUCAUGCACAUUACCAUGAAAAUGAGAGUUUCCUGCAGCUCGCUGCUGUACCGGAAAGCUCUCCGUUUAAGUCAAACUGCCUUAGCUAGUACAACAAUCGGUCAAUUAGUAAAUUUACUGUCGAACGACGUGAGUAGGUUCGACCAGGGUUUCCUACUAGCCCAUUACGUCUGGAUAGGGCCUAUCCAGGCCGCUGUCGGAACGUAUCUCAUUUAUCGGGAAAUAGGAGUGGCGGCUUUUUUUGGCAUAGGAUUUCUCCUGUCCUUCAUUCCAAUGCAGAUUUGGUUGGGGAAACGAACCUCAGUUUUGCGACUCCGGACGGCCUUAAGGACGGACGAAAGAGUUCGGUUAAUGAACGAGGUCAUCUCAGGGAUUCAAGUGAUCAAAAUGUACUGCUGGGAAAAACCCUUCUCGCAACUUAUCGCCUACGCUAGAAAGAAAGAGAUGAACACAAUUCGCGCCCACGCCUUUCUGUUGGGCUUAAUCUACUCGUUUGAGAUGUUUGUCACCCGAACGUCGGUCUUUAUCAGUAUCUUGGGUUACGUCCUGCUUGGAUCAUACAUCACUGCCGAAAAAGUAUUCACUGUGAAGGCAAUCUACGACGUGCUUAGACCCGUCAUCACGAUCCUUUUCUCAGUCAGCAUCACCUCAAUCGCGGAGGUGAACGUCUCAGUUUUGAGGAUCCAGAAGUUCCUGUCUUUCGCUGAGCAAGAGCUCGAAGAGCCCAAAUCGACCAAGAACGGCGUCAGCAAAAAUGGGAGCAACGGUUCGCUUGUGCCUUACCACAGUCCUGUGGAAACCAGACCAAGAAUUUUGCUAGAAAGUGUGAACGCUAAGUGGCUGGAGGAAAACAACGAGAGCACCCUCAAAGACAUAAACCUAAGUAUUUCCUCCAGCCAAGUCGUGGCUGUGAUCGGACCAGUUGGGAGUGGGAAGAGUAGUUUAUUGAACGUUUUCCUCAAAGAGUUGCCUCUGGAGAGUGGCAAGAUGGACAUACAGGGUACGGUUUCUUACUCGUCGCAGGAGCCUUGGCUCUUCUCGGCGAGCGUCCGCCAGAAUAUCCUCUUCGGGAACGAGUUUGACGAAGAAAGGUACAAAAAAGUCGUCGAAGUGUGCGCUUUAUUGUCCGACUUUGAGUUGUUCCCGUACGGGGACAGGACCCUAGUUGGGGAAAAGGGGAAGGCUUUGAGUGGGGGACAAAAAGCGCGGAUUAAUCUGGCCAGAGCUAUCUACAAGACGGCCGAUAUUUAUCUCCUCGAUGAUCCCUUAUCUGCUGUCGAUGCCAAUGUCGGCAAACACCUCUACGAGAGGUGUGUUCAAGGGUUCCUCAAGGACAAAAUCUGUAUUUUAAUUACCCACCAACUCCAAUAUUUGAGUAGUGCUGAUAAGAUAAUCAUAAUGAAAGAUGGGAAAAUUGAAAUGCAAGGGACUUACACGGAACUGCAGACUAGCGGUUUGGAUUUUGCCAAACUACUCGAGCAGUUUCACACGGAGGAGGAGGAAGAGAAAGAUAAGAAGAAAGCAAAGUCGCGACAAAAUUCUGAAUGCACCAUUGAGGAGGAAGACGAGGAUGAAGCACCGUCCGUGGAAAAGGAACAAAUGAAAAGUGGGAGCAUUAAGGGAAAGCUGUAUUUGGAAUAUUUGAGAGCAGGUGGCGGCAAAAUUAUGAUAACUCUGCUGGUGUUGGCCUUCCUUAUCGGCCAGUUUAUCGCCAACGCUGGUGAUUAUUAUGUAUCCUACUGGGUAAAUUUAGAACAGGAGUAUUCCGAACGAGUCUUGAAUAACUUAACUAAUGAGAGUCUGGACCGCCUUCCGAUUAUUUUCACAUAUUCGGGGAUUAUCAUAGGGACUAUAAUUUUUUCCGUCGUCCAUUCUCUUUACUUCAUGUUGUAUUUCGUGAUUGCGUCAAUUAAUUUGCAUCGUAUCAGUUUCUCAAGCAUAAUUAAAGCGACAAUGCGGUUUUACAACAACAAUCCUUCCGGAAGAAUACUAAAUAGGUUUUCGAAAGAUUUGGGGUACAUUGAUGAAUACAUCCCGCCGGUGUUAUUCGACGUCAUUGAAGUGGGAUUAAUGCUAAUCGGUGCUCUUUUCCUGUCAUUCAUUGUCGAUCCUUGGCUCUUCGUGCCGUCAAUGGUCCUAAUCACCAUCUUCUAUUUCCUGAGGGUUGUCUACAUUCGGACCAGUCGAAGCGUGAAACGUAUUGAAGGAAUCACAAGAAGCCCGAUUUACGGGCACAUGACCGCCUCCAUGCACGGCUUGAGCACAAUUCGUGCGUUCUCAGCCCAGAAAAUCCUCAUCAGCGAAUUCGACAACUUCCAAGACCAACACAGCGCCGCCUGGUUCCUCUUCAUCGCGUCUAACCGUUGCUUCGGCUUCUGGCUCGACAUGAUUUGCAUCGUCUUCUUCGCAGUCGCAGUUUUCGUCCUCAUGUACUUCAACAACAGCAUUUACGGGGGCGAUAUCGGCCUGAUUGUCACCCAAUACAUCAUGCUCAUUGGCUCCCUGCAGUGGGGAAUGCGCCAAUGGAGCGAGCUAGAGAACCACAUGGUCUCAGUGGAGCGCCUCUUGGAGUACCGAAGCGUCGAGAGCGAGCCCGAACGCAAACAAAUCGCAAACUUACCGAAAGAGUGGCCACAGCAGGGCCGCAUCGAGUUCCAGAACGUCUAUCUCAAGUACAACCCCUCGGACCCCUACGUUUUGAAAAAUUUGAACUUUACGGUCGAACCGAAGGAAAAAAUCGGGAUUGUUGGACGGACUGGGGCGGGGAAAUCGUCAACAAUCACCGCUCUGUUCCAGCUAUACCCCGUCGAAGGGAGCAUAAUCAUCGACGGGGUGGAUACUACGAAACUUCCGCUGGCGGAAGCCAGGGCAAAAAUCUCGAUCAUUCCGCAAGAGCCGGUCUUGUUCUCCGGAACUAUGCGGAAAAAUCUGGAUCCGUUUGAAGAGUUCACGGAUGAAAUGCUUUGGAAUGCUCUGGAACAGGUGGAAUUGAAGGAUGUGGUGUCGGAACUUCCGGCCGGACUGCAUUCCAAUGUUUCCGAAGGCGGGUCGAACUUUAGUGUUGGCCAGAGACAGCUGGUUUGUCUUGCCAGAGCUUUGAUCAGGAAUAACAAGAUUCUGGUCAUGGAUGAAGCUACGGCUAAUGUCGAUCCGCACACGGAUGCGUUGAUCCAGAACACAAUUAGGGAAAAGUUCGCCGAUUGCACCGUUUUGACGAUAGCCCACAGGUUACAUACUGUCAUGGACUCGGACAAGAUUCUGGUGAUGAGCGCCGGGUGUGUCGAGGAGUAUGACCACCCCUACAACCUCCUGAAGAAGGAGGGAGGGAUUUUGCACAACUUGGUGCUAACAACAGGACGAGCGACUUCGUCGAACUUGGAAAAUAUUGCAAAAGAAAGCUUCGAGAAGAAGAUGAAGACAGAGUGAAGCCUUGCCUAUUCUCACAUUUCGUAUCUGUGAUGUUUUCUACUUAAUUAUUCCAUGCCCAGUAUUGUACCGUAAAACAAUAAAGCAAAUUGAAUCAAA